GAAUCCGAUAUGAACGGAGUUGUUGAAGUCUUCAGUAGUCGCCCAGCGGUGUCUCCAGAAUGCCAUCAUAACGCGAAUGAGCCUUCUCCAGGACGGAUGUCUCGGAUCGACGCACGCCACAUCUGCCCUUGGAGACCAGGUCCGGAAGUGGAAGUGGCUCGCAGUGGGGCUUUGGGAGGGUGCAAGUGAACUAGGAAAUGCUGUGUGCAGUGAGGUCGUGGUCAAACUGCAAGCUGCAUGCCUCCGGAAGCGAAGUUCCCGACCGGCUUGGCCAUCAUUUCCAGCCACUCCCAAUGGCGACACCAGUGGCCACCCGGGUCUCGACCUCUGCGCCACCCAUCGCCAGCCACACGAUAGGUGGUCGUUGCGCGAAGCCUGGGACACAUACAGUAUUUGGAUCCUCCACACCUAUCCCCCAUGCAUCAGGCAGCGCUCAACUGCCCGCAUCCUCCCUACACUCCCCGCGGCGGGCUGGCGGCUCACCGUUGGCCACGACUGGGAUGACAGUAGGGCGGAGAGAGUUGACGAGCAGAACGCGAGAUGCAACGUCGCCGUACGAGUCGAGAAGGCAAUGAAGCGACAGAAGACGACAUGCAUUGCUGGCCACGAAGUUCGUAUCGAGACGCGUCAUACCAACAAUGAGCACGCGCGAAACCUCGCCGCUGCACGAAUGAAGUCGCUGGCGGAAGCAAAUGGCCCAGAGCCGGGGCUGCACUGUCCACCCUCGUUCACGUGGAGCCUGUGGCAAAUUAUACACCUGUUGACACUUGUUGGGGCGCGGCAUGAUUUGGAACAUUGGUAUGGCACGCGUCCAGAGGAUGAUCAAGUCGCGUUCCACACGUGA